AUGGUCCUCGCAAAGAAGCACGUCCCCAUCGUCAAGAAGCGCACCAAGCGCUUCUUCCGCCACCAGUCCGACCGCUUCAAGUGCGUGCCGGAGUCAUGGCGCAAGCCCAAGGGUAUCGACAACCGUGUCCGCAGACGCUUCAAGGGCAACAUCCCCAUGCCUUCCAUCGGUUAUGGUAGCAACAAGAAGACCAAGCACAUGAUGCCCUCCGGCCACAAGGCUUUCCUCGUCCACAACCCCAAGGAUGUUGAGCUGCUGCUCAUGCACAACCGCACCUACGCUGCUGAGAUCGCCUCCGCUGUCUCUUCCCGCAAGCGUGUCGACAUCAUUGCCAAGGCUAAGGCGCUCGGCGUCAAGGUCACCAACCCCAAGGGCCGUGUCACCGUUGAGGCGUAA